AUGUCGCCCGACCGUGCUGCUAUACGCACCAACAGCGCUAGGCGAUGCGCCUCGCGCUACACAAUCUACUCCAGGUACGUUUCUUUCCUGGAAAGCAGUCGGGAAGCAGUAAGGGCGAGCAGUAUACGUCGCGAAGCCAUCGAGGAGUUUGACGAGGCAGACCGGACGGACCACAGCCUCUUCCUGCGGCUUGUGCAUGACCAGCUGGCCAUCUAUCACGGGCAGCGCAACGAUGCGGCCAUCGACGAGGUUCAUUGCACCGUCGUCGGCAAGUUUCGCCGCAUCUUCGGGUAUGCGCACUGGAGGACAGUCACGGCGAUACACAAGUACGGGCAGAUGCUGUGCGGCGAGAAGCGCUACGAGGAGGCCGAGGCGCUGUACAGGACUCUUGUCGACGAGGUGGACCGGGAUCGCGGGCCUGAACCGGUGCCGGUGCUCUGCAUAUUCAACGCGCUCAGCGUCGUCUACGCGAAGCGCCAGAAGCUAAAGGAGGCCGAGGCCAUUUUGGUCCGUGCCGUCGUCGGCUUCCAAGAACGAAGCGGAGAGCGGGACCUGAGGACGCUGACCGCGGCCUUCAACCUCGGCGGCGUGUACCAGGAUCGCGGAAAGCUCUCCCACGCGAUACGUGCGUACCAUGGGGCGGCCCAUGGCUUCCACAAUCUCAUGGGCAUUUCUUACAAGACGACGAUCACGGCCUUCACGCAGCUCGCGGCGCUGUGCUCUGCGCGCCGCGCCUUUCCGGAGGCGGAGGAGGCGUACACCCUCGCGCUGCAAGGCUUGAAGGCGGCAGCAAGACAGGAUUCCAUCGACGGCCUCAUCCUGAAACUCGACCUCGGAAUCUUAUAUCGAGACGUGCAAAGAUUGAGGCCGCCGAGAAGCUGA